AUGAAAAAACACAAUAAACCUAGGUAGGAUGAAGAAAACAAAAUUUUAGAGUAUCUUUCAAAAAUAACUCCAUUAAAUCUUCCUGAAAGAAUAUAUAUUUAUAAAUUUUGUUAAACUAUAAUAAAAUUAUCCAAACCAGAUGCAAAUAGUAAGAUUUAAUUAAAAGAUACAAAAGAUCUACUAUUAAUGUUUAAAUCAUAUUUCAUGGCCGAGAAUAAUGUAGAAAUAUUAUAAUAAAUACAAUAACUAAUGAUAGAUUAAGAAUUUAAAGUAUAUUAUUUUAUCUCUAUAGCGGAUGGCUUCAGCCUUAGUCUUAAUAAAAUUUUAGUAAACAAAUCUCGUGAAGAUUUUCAUAAUUUAAUCCAAACUACAUCUACAAUUGUUAUAUCAAAAAUAAAAGCAAAGCUAUCUUAGCAAUAACAAUACUAAAACAAAAAUUAGCCUAUUUAUAGGAAUCAGAAUUAAAUGAAAGUCCUAAAACUAAGUUAUGGAUACAGAGGAAAUGCAGUAAAUAAUGAGAAUAAUAAAACUCUAUAGUUUCCAUAAAAGCCAACAAUCAUUAUCAGAUCUGCUUCGAUGAUAGAUAACUUACUGGUAGAGUAAUCUUAGUACUAAUCUUAUCAACAACAAUUAAUGCAAUAACACUAAUAAAUGUAUAUUAAUCAAAAAAGAGAAUUGAAAUUACAAUUAAGAGCUAAAUAAAAAAAGUUAAAAAAGAGACUUCAUUCUAAUUACAAGUUGAUUAUGUAGAUAGACUUUGAUCAUAUUUGGGCUAUGCAUAUUAUUUUGAAAAAAAAUUUAUCAAGCAUUCUGAUAAAUAUUUUUUACAUAGGGGUAGAUUUUACAUUUGGAGUUAAUUGA